AUGCGGUCCUCUACGGCGACAUGGCUGGCAUUUGUCCUUGCAGCCGGCGCGGCGGCCAACCCCCUUCUGCGGCCGCGCCGGGUGCCGUGGCCGGAUCCAGUGCCGGCAUCCUCCAUCGGACCUAUUGACUGGUCGUCAGUGCAUGCGCCCAUCUACUCACCGCCAUCAUCACAAGGCUCUCCCGGCAAGACCUUUUCCGCCAUCAAAGCGGCCACAUCCUCCACUCCACCCACCGUCGUCGACUGGCGAAACCGCUCCGGCCUCAACUACAUCACGACGCCGCAAGACCAAGGCGUGUGCGACAGCUGUUGGGCUUUCGCUGUCACCGCGCUCAUCGAGUCGAUGGUGCGCGUCGAGCACGGCGUGUGGAGCAAGCGCAGCGAGGCCGACGUGCACGACGGCGUGGGCGCGGCAUGCGAGAGCGUCGGCAAUGCCGAGGACACGCUCGCCUGGGUCGCCGGCCAGGGCGCCGAGUUCAUCAGCUCCAACUCCACGCCACCGGGCAUAGCCGAUUGGCCGUGCGAUCCGUACCAGGCGACGGAGCAUCCUUACGAGCAUUGCAGCGACAGGUCCGGGCGGGCGACGCGCAUACCUUUUUACCAGGCCCUUGGUGCGGUUGACGACCAGAAAAAGUGGUUGGAUCAGUACGGCCCGUUGGUGGCGACGUUCAUCCUGUAUUCUGACUUCGACUCAUGGAAACCGACGGCUCAAAGUGAUGUGUAUAAGUGGGACGGGGUGUCGCAGACGACCGGCAAUCAUCUUGCCCUGAUUGUCGGCUAUGACGACGAAAAGCAGGCGUGGAUAAUGAAGAACUCAUGGGGGAAGUCGUGGGGGGAGAAUGGGUUCGUUCACUUCGCGUACGGUAACGCCAACAUCGACGAGUGGACCAAGUAUGGCCUCACUAAUGUCAACCCCGAUCCCUGGACGCGGAGGCGGCACCAGAGCGGAAGCAUGCUGCAGUCCGGAAACGGCGACACGCAUCGCAAUUUUGAGCUCCUUGUCGGAAACCCGAAUGCUACGGGGUUCACUCACAUCUCCAGGGACGGCACUUCGGCGAAGUGGAGUAAGGUCUCGACGAUCCAGAGCAACGGCCUCCUCGGACAGCCCGCCAUCAUCGGAACCUCGUACAACCGGGACUUCCACGCUGUCGCCGUCAAUAAGGAUCAAACCGUGCAGCUGUGGGCGUACAGCCAGUCUGGGAUGAAUUGGUCCCAGAUCUCGACCAUCGACGGCAAGGCAAUUGAUGGCUUCCCCGGCUUAACUCAGGGGGACGGCUCGCAACUCAUCAUGGUUGUCAAGCAUGCUGAUGGAACUCUGAACGAAUGGCAACAACGCCCCAACAGCACCGUCUGGACGCUGUCCAACUACCCCAUAGCCAGCAACAUCGCCCAGAGCGGCCCCGCCUUGGUCCAAUCCAACGUGGACCUGGACCUCUACAACGCCCAGGGCACGUCGCGGGGCAAUCUCUACACCGUAGCGGUCCGCAGCGACGGCCAGCUGCAGCUUUUCUGGCGGAGCGGCCAGGACACGGCAGAGUGGUCCGCCGGCGAGGUCUUCGGCAGCGGCGUCCCGCUGGACACGCCGCCCGUCAUGAUCCAGGACUACUUCGGCACGGCGAACGAGACCAGCGUCGGCGGGUUCCAGCUGGUGGUUGCGGUCAACGGGAGCGUGCAGCACUGGCAGAGGGCGAACGACGAUAUCAGCCUCGCGCCGCCGGUGGAAGGGGCGCAGGGGAAGUGGCGGCUGGCUGAGACAACGGGAACCGGGGUGAAGCAUGUCUGGGCGCUGGUGCAGGGCAGCUUCAACCAGAAAAUGCACAUGAUUACUGAAGGGACGGAUGGGGGGGUUUCGUACUGGGAGUGGGAUGGCAGCUGGGCCGUGGUCCAAAAGCUGCCGGCGCUGGAUGAUUCGAGUUGGACAACGACGGAGCCUGUCAGUGGGGGCUGA